AUGGCUGCUGUACAAACAGAAGUCUCCUCGUUCUCACAGCCUUGGCAGAGGCCCCUGUACAUUUAUGGGGGUCUGGCAUGCAACUCACUCAUGGCUGACUCCUGGUCAGACAGAACUCCUCUCCAUGAAGCCGCCUACCAAGGCAGACUACUUCACCUACGAAGACUCAUUGCUCAGGGUUUCCAUGUGAACUCACUCACCAUGGAUAGAGUCACCCCCCUACAUGAAGCUUGCCUUGGUGGUCACUAUGCCUGUGCCAAGUUCCUGCUAGACCACGGCGCAAAUGCGUCUGCAGAGUCAACAGAUGGCGCCACACCUCUCUUCAAUGCUUGCAGCAGUGGGAGUGCAGCUUGUGUCAGACUCAUCCUACAGCACAGCGGCUCAGUCAACACUUCCUACCUGCUGGCAUCACCCAUCCAUGAAGCAGCGAAGAAAGGUCACAGAGAGUGUCUGGAGCUGCUGCUGUCGUACGGAUCUCACAUUGAUGUGGAGCUUCCAUUGGUAGGAACUCCUCUGUACUCUGCCUGUACGGCCAAGGCUGCAGACUGUGUGAGGCUGCUGCUACAUUUAGGUGCAGAUGUUCAGACAGGCUGUGGCCAGGAUAGUCCUCUACACGCUGCAGUUCGAUCUGGAGGAGCUGACAUAGUCGAUCUUCUGUUGGACUUUGGGGCUGAUGGAUGUUGCAGGAACGCAGAGGGAAAGACUCCACUAGACCUGUCAUUGCCAAACAGUGCAGUCAGAUUUGUACUGCAGAAAAAAGGUCCCUGCAGUCUGUCCCAGCUCUGUCGGUUAUGUAUCAGAAGAAGUCUGGGGAGGAGUCGUCUCCACAGCGCCUCCAGCCUCUUCCUUCCUCACAGUAUCAAGGACUUCCUUCUCUACCAAUAACAUAUCUCAACCUUUUUCUAUUCCCCUCUAUGCCACGGGUUUGUCCUCACGUUAGUGCCUUGUCACUGAAUAUCAAAGACAAGUCAAAGAAGAUAUCCAUAUUCAUGGACUGGGACUUAGUUUAUCAU